CUAUAAAAAGUGUUUAUUGAAAUUAAGUUCUUUUAAGCAAAUGGUUAAACUGGUGUUGAGAUGUUUUGAAACGGGAAAUAUUAGCUAUUGAAACACUUGGCAUCGGAAAUGGAAACGGCUUUAAUUAUUGCUGUAAUAUUUUAUUCUUUGACACUAACGGAAGCCAACUACUGCUACUACUCCUAUUACUACUCCAAUUAUUAUUGUAGCAAUGGAAGCAAUGAAGCUUUAGACAGCCGGAGUAUCGCCGGGAUUGUGGUGGGGUGUGUCAUUGCCAUGGCAGCCAUUGUUAUAAUGGUCAUUUUCUGUAAAAAGAAGGAAAAGGGCACACGUGUGGUGGAAAUCCGGAGUAACGGGAAUACCCAGGUCCACACCAUAACAAGCAUGCACCCAGCUCCCGGACCCCCAGGCGGCUUUCCUGGAAUGGCUCGACCCCCGGGAUAUGCAACUACCAACCCCGCCUACCCUCCCGUGGCUCCGAGUAUGUUUCCCCCGCCACCAAGAUAUCCCGCCCAUCAGUACGGGGGACCACCUGGCAUUUUUUCCGGUCCACCUCCGGCGACUUUCCCCCCGCCCGUGUCAAGUUAAAACCCAGGAAUGAUUAGCACUUGCAAACAACUUUACAAACAACUGUUGAAUAUGUUCUUAUUGUUAAAGUUAAUUGUUGAUGUUGCUAUGCAAAUACUCAUGUAAAAACAUGAGAAAAUAUUCAUACGGAUGUCUUUAUAAUAAAUGUUUCCUGUGUUUACAUCAUGAACAAUUAUAACAUUUGUUACGUAAAGUCAAAAGGUUUCUAAAAGUAGUUGAACAUUUUUUUUCUUCGGACAAAGAAUUAAAAUUGACUUGUACAUCGAGUUAUGCUAUUACUUGUGUAUUUGAGAAAAUAUUAUAAAAAAUCUAAAUUAAAUUUAGGGGUGUUUGAUACUACACAAAUUCAAACAAUAGUCAAUAAAAAAGUCAUGUUUCAUCAAUGAAAUUCAUAUAUUAUAUAAUUACAUUGUACAUGCACAUGAACUUGAAAUGAAACGGGAUGUAUACAUAUAUUAUCAUUGAGAACUAACAUGAAAAUGUGUUCUAUGGACCAUAAGAGUAACUCCCCUUUGCACACUUGGAUAAAUAUAUAAUCGAUAUUAAUAACCAAAUGUGUAAAUAUAUUCUAAAUUUUGGCCUAAAAAAGAAUAAGAAUGGUAAAGAAUUAAAGUCUUACUCUCAGAU